AUGCCUCCUCAGGGCCCAGAGCACCCCUGUGACCCCCGGGGAGGGACAGCUGGGCUGGCACCCGCCCUGGCGAGCCGGGAGAGCCGGGAGCGCCGGGAGAGCGGAGCUGCCUCCUCCCAGGCCCAGCCCCGGACGGUCCCGGCACGGCCCCGGGAGCGGCCCAGCAGGCACCGGACACCCCGGGACCCCCCGGGACCCCGAGCCCCGGAGCGAGUCCCGGGCGAGGCUGGAGCCAGCCCGGGACCCCCGGGCACCCCCGGCCCCAGCCCGGCCGUGCCGCUCCCCCAGCGGCUCUCGGGGCCGAGUUUCCCUCCCGGCUGGGCCGGAGGAGCAUCCCCGGGGCUGCGGGAGGAAGGCUCAGGGAGGAUUCGCUCCCUCCAGCCGGUGGGAAAGGCUGAGCCCAGGACAGAUCCCCGCGGGAGGGGACGGAGCCCACGGUGCUGCUGGCCUUGUGACACGGUGGCACUGCGGGACAGCGACUUCUGCCCUCCAGCUCCCCCUGAAUUCCCCAGCCGAGCAUCCCUGCCAGAGCAGGAAAGGGACAAACAACAUCCCCCCGGACAAACAACAUCCCCCCGGACAAACAACAUCCCCCCUGACAAACAACAUCCCCCCGGACAAACAACAUCCCUCCGGACAAACAACAUCCCCCCGGACAAACAACAUCCCCCCGGACAAACAACAUCCCCCCGGACAAACAACAUCCCCCAGCUCAUCCCCCCGGCUCAGCCUCCUCCUCCGGGCACCCAGCACCGCCUCACCCCCAAUUCCCGUCAGGAGCCGCCGAGAGCCCAAAUUCCCCCCGCGCCGGCCCUGAGAGCGGCUCGGUGGCAGCUGCCCGUCCCCAUUGUCACCCGACAAUGGGAAGCGCCCAGUCCUGCUCCCCGGGAGUGCCAUUAG